GACUUAACCUUAAAAUAAGUUUUGACACGAAACACAAUGGCAGAUUGUCUAAGAAAAAAUUUACUGAUAGGUAUCGGGCAUCCUUUAUUGGAUAUGACUGCAACAGUUGAAAAAAGCUUUUUACUUGAAUACAAUUUAAAAGAAAAUGACGCUGUAAUAAUGUCUGACAAUCAUAAAAACCUGCAAAAUAGAUUACUAGAAAGAUAUGAAGUUGCUUAUACAGUGGGUGGUAGUAUACAAAACACGUUGAGAAUUGUACAAUGGAUAACAGAAUUACCAAAUGUCACAACAUUUUUUGGAUCGGUAGGAAAUGAUCAAUACGCUAAGAUAUUAUAUGAGCAAGCUUUAUUGGAUGGAGUAAAUGUCAGAUAUAAAUAUAUUAGCGGAGAACCUACGGGUACCUGUAUCGUUUUGAUAACUGGUGAAAAUCGAUCUUUAUGUACUAACCCUGGAAGUUCCAAAUAUUUUGAUUUCGCACAUUUACUUACGACUGACAAUCAGUUUUUAUUAGAUACAGCUAAGUAUUACUAUAUGGGUGGCUUCUUUUUAAAUGUAAGCAUAGAAACAGUAAGAGGAAUCUCUAAGUUAGCUGCUAAAGGUGACCGACAGUUUUUGUUUAACUUGAGUGCACCUUUUAUUUGUUAUCAGCAUAGGGACGUGUUGCUGGAAUUAUUACCGUAUGUAGAUGUCAUUUUUGGAAAUAAAUCUGAAAUAGAAGCCCUUUCUUCUUGUUGUGAAUUGGAGGGAAGUACCAUAGAUGAAACCAUUGUUUUAUUGUCAAAUUGGAAAAAAAUAAAUAGUUCAAGGUUAAGAUUAGUUGUAGUAACGCAAAGCGAAGAACCUGUUCUAGUAGGUAUUGAUAACAGAGUACUACAAUUUUCAGUGCCGAGUUUAAAAAAUAAGAUCGUAGAUACUAAUGGAGCUGGAGAUGCUUUUGUAGGUGGAUUUCUAUCACAAUUUAUCCAAGAUCAAGCAAUAGAAACAUGUAUAAAAUGUGGCAUCUGGGCGGCAUCUCAAAUAAUACAGCAGAUUGGGUGUACAUAUACAGGCAAAGCUAAUUUUCAAAUAUAGUUAAAGUUACUCC